AUGGACCGGGACAUUCAGAAGUCCCCAACAUUGGUAGAAUUUAUAGAUUUUCUGCAAAAGAGAGCUUUGGCACUGGAAACCGUGGACGCCAAUGGAAACCAACGGCAUCCCUCUUCGAGCAACUCGGUCAGGGCAGUCGGUGUAAGGGCCUCGGUGACGCAGCUGAAUGCUUAUGUAGCUAACAGAAUCCGAGUUGUGGCGCAGUUAACUGCCGGUUGGACUUGGCACUACGUCAGAACGAGCGACAACCCUGCGGAUCUCAUCACGCGCGGCGUGAGCCCCCAGGAGCUUGCAGACAACAUGCUCUGGUGGACAGGGCCCUUAUUCCUGCAAAACGAUAACAGUGCA